AUGGCUGUCAAAAAUAAAUCCGGAUCUUUAAAUUCAAAUCCGACGAGCCCAAUAACAGGAACAACUGUUUUACCUAUUGCUCGUGUGAAACGUAUUAUUAAAGAAGAUGACGAAAUAACGAUGUGCGCUGCUGACGCGACAUUCGUAAUUGCCGUCGCAGCGGAGCUUUUUAUAGGACACUUUGUGAAACAAGGUUUAGAACGAGCAAAUGCUGAAAAAAGAAAAAACGUUCUAUACCAAGAUUUGGUGCUUUUCAACUCUCAAACAAAUAUUGUUGUUGCAGCUAACGCAACUUCAAAUUGUCUAGAUGUUGUUCCGCAGACUUGUAAAUUCGAAAAGGCCUUAAAAACAUAUAAUGAUGCAAUGAAACAACACGACGUUACCAGGACAUUUGACGAAACAAAUAGUGAUGACAGUAGUGAAGAAUCAAGCGACGAUAAUUGCGAUGAAAAUGAUGCUGAUGCCGGUCACCAAAAUAAUGAAGAGGAUCAAAGCAAUGACGAGUUCGAUAUGAUUUCUGAAAGUGGCCAAGAUAUGAGUGAAAGUAAUACCGAUGAUCUUGACUCAAUAGAAGAAAAUGGAGUUAAAAGUGAUGAUAGUGAAAAUGUUGAUAGCAAUUCCCCAAUUCAUAACGGCAAUAACAACGAAGGAAACGGGAUUUCAGACAGCGAACUCAGUGAUGCUCCAACUUCAAGCAACGAAAAUAGUUCAGGACAGCUUUAA